AUGGCGGCGGAGGGAGGAGGAAAAGACGAAGUGAAAACUCAGUUUACUACUCGAGAGGGUACCUACAAACUUAUGACUCUUUCAGAAUACUCAAGACCAAAUAGAGUUCCCUAUAGUGCUCAAAGUUGCAAUCCUGUGAAAGUGUCUUUCAUUAACGUCAAGGAUCCGAGUGGCGGCGAUAGAAUUUGUUUCAAUGUUGGCAAGGAACUGUAUUUUUAUAUCUACAAGGGUAUACGAAAGGCUGCUGACCUGACCAAGCCAAUUGAAAAAAGAACUUAUAAAGGCACAAUACCAACUUGUCAUGAUUUCAACCAAUUUACAUGUUGUAGUCAAAGUGUGUCAUUAUUAGUUGGUUUCUCAGCUGGACAAGUGCAACUUAUAGACCCUAUCAAGAAAGAUAAUACUAAGCUUUUCAAUGAAGAGAGACUUAUUGAUAAAACCAGGGUUACAUGCCUAAGGUGGGUUCCAGGAUCAGAACAUUUAUUCCUUGUAGCCCACAGUAGUGGCAAUAUGUAUCUUUACAAUGAGCAACUUGCUGCUGGCAAUGCUGCUCCUCAUUAUCAAACUCAUAAGCAUGGUGAUGGAUAUGCAAUUUACACAUGUAAAAGUAAAUCUACACGCAAUCCGGUGUUCCGUUGGGUUGUUGGGGAAGGCUCCUUGAAUGACUUUGCCUUCUCACCAGAUGCAACCUAUUUAGCAACUGUGUCACAAGAUGGAUUUCUACGCAUAUUUCAUUAUGAUUCAAUGGAUUUACAUGCUCAGAUGAAAAGUUAUUUUGGUGGAUUGUUGUGUGCUUGCUGGAGUCCUGAUAGUAAAUAUAUUGUUACUGGAGGUGAAGAUGACUUAGUGACUGUCUACUCAUUCCUUGAACGCAAAGUUAUUGCCAGAGGACGUGGACACAAAUCAUGGGUUAGUGUUGUUGCAUUUGACUCUUAUUUGACACAGACUCAAAAUAAUCAUGCAGACUUCUUUGGUAGUGAUGAUGAUUUUAAUUCGCUUGUAAAUAGCAGUGAUGCUAGAGACAGAGCUGGUAGUAGAGCCUCAGCAAUCCACCCUGAUGAAACAAGACCACUUACAUGUACCUAUAGGUUUGGAUCUGCUGGGCAAGAUACACAAAUGUGUCUGUGGGACCUCACUGAAGAUGUGCUAUAUCCACACCAGCCUCUGAGUCGUGGAAGGACUAAUACAAACCCAGUGAAUCCCACCCCACCUAGGUGCAAUAGUAUAGCAAAUACAAGUCGGCUAAAUGCAAAUGCAACAUCACAUACAGAUGGUAUUGGUACCAUGGCAAAUCUAACCAGUAAAAUUUCUGGGCUUAAUCUUUCUGACAAACACAAAGAUAAACUUGACAAAUCAGAUAAGAAGAACAGUGUAUCAAGCAGAAGUGGAGAUAAACUGAAUUCGCUAAGUAAAAUGCAUCGGUGUAUUAUAGAAGAUGCCAUGAAGGCCAUUGGAACUCCUAUGUGCCCAAGAUUAGAUGAAGUUCCAAUGUUAGAACCUUUAGUUGUGAAAAAGAUAGCUCAUGAAAGACUUACUGCUUUAGUGUUUAGAGAAGACUGUCUUGUCACAUCAUGUCAGGAAGGAUUUGUAUGUACUUGGGCAAGACCAGGGAAAGUGGGGAUGUCACAACACAAUGCUAGUGGGACAGUUGUAUAA